AGGCACUACGCCGCAUCGAAAUCCCGUGUCGAUAUAGGAAGAUUGCUGGUCGAGAGAGGCGCCGAUAUCAAUGUCCGAGACAAAGCUAACCAAACUCCCCUACAUCGGGCUGCUACCACGGGCUCUACCGGGUUCAUUAACCUUCUUCUUCAUCCGCCGGAAGGGUCCCCUAAGACGCGUAUCAAUCCUGCGGACCGUGUAGGGAAUAUGCCGCUGCACUUGGCCAUGGAAUCUGCACAUGCAGAAGCCGCCUGUCUGCUCAUCGAAGCAGGCGCAGACCGAACCAGAGAAAAUCUGGACGGGGAGACUCCGGAAGGUCUCGAGGGCGUGGGCGGUCAGGAACAGCGCAGGGCUAAGGCCUAUGUCAUUGAACGCUGCGGCCAGCCUUGA